CAGCGGCACGAGGUUAGUGAUAAGAAUGGCUCGUUUCUUCGAGGGAGAAGACUGAGCUCAUUGAGGCCAUUCGUUUGCUUGCAAAGCCAGCGGUGGAUAUGCCGGCGAUCGGGAUUGCGAUGAACUCUGCACUGAUUCUCCCUAAUGAUGCCGAUCGGAGAUCUCCGCCGACGCCCUUCCUCGGAUCGUCGAGUUCGCGUAGUCUCUCCUCUUUCUUCUAUGUAUCCGGUUGCCAUCAAAUGGACCUCCUCCACAAGGCGGUAGCUGGGGCGGGGAGGAGGAAGGAGUGCUUCGGAGUGAGGAGCCCGAUCGUCGUCUCCCCCAAGGCGGUCUCCGACUCCCAGAGCUCGCAGACGUGCCUCGACCCCGAUGCCAGCCGGAGUGUUCUAGGGAUUAUACUUGGGGGAGGUGCUGGGACACGCUUGUAUCCUUUGACAAAGAAGAGGGCUAAACCGGCAGUACCUUUGGGUGCUAACUAUCGGCUUAUUGAUAUUCCUGUCAGCAAUUGCUUGAACAGUAAUAUUUCCAAGAUUUAUGUUCUCACACAAUUCAAUUCUGCAUCUCUCAACCGUCAUCUUUCACGAGCCUAUGCAAGUAACAUGGGUGGGUACAAGAAUGAAGGUUUUGUUGAAGUCCUUGCUGCACAACAGAGUCCAGAGAACCCUAACUGGUUUCAGGGUACUGCAGAUGCAGUUAGGCAGUAUUUGUGGCUCUUUGAGGAGCACAACGUCAUGGAGUUUCUAAUACUUGCUGGAGAUCAUUUGUACCGGAUGGACUAUGAGAAAUUCAUUCAAGCGCAUAGAGAAACAAAUGCUGAUAUUACUGUGGCUGCAUUGCCAAUGGAUGAAAAGCGUGCAACCGCUUUUGGUCUGAUGAAGAUUGAUGAAGAAGGGAGAAUAACAAAAUUUGCAGAGAAGCCAAAAGGACAACAGCUAGAGUCAAUGAAGGUUGAUACCACUAUUCUUGGCCUGGAUGAUGAAAGAGCAAAAGAGUUGCCUUUUAUUGCAAGUAUGGGUAUCUAUGUCAUCAACAAGGACAUAAUGAUGCAAUUACUUCGGGACAAAUUUCCAGCAGCAAAUGACUUUGGGAGUGAAGUUAUCCCUGGCGCAACUAAUAUUGGGUUGAGGGUACAAGCUUAUUUAUAUGAUGGUUAUUGGGAGGACAUUGGUACAAUCGAGGCAUUUUACAAUGCAAACCUUGGAAUAACCAAAAGACCAAUACCAGAUUUCAGCUUUUAUGAUCGUUCUGCGCCAAUCUAUACACAACCUCGGUAUUUACCACCUUCAAAGAUGCUUGAUGCUGAUGUGAUUGACAGUGUUAUUGGCGAGGGAUGCGUGAUCAAAAACUGCAAGAUCCAACAUUCUGUAAUUGGACUUCGUUCUUGCAUUUCUGAAGGUGCAAUCAUAGAAGAUACGUUACUGAUGGGAGCAGACUACUAUGAGACUGAUGCUGAUAAGAGGCUAUUAGCUUUGAAAGGAAGUGUUCCUAUGGGCAUUGGGAAAAACUCCCAUGUCAAAAGAGCUAUCAUAGACAAGAAUGCUCGUAUUGGAGAUAACGUAAAGAUCAUCAACAGUGAGAAUGUGCAAGAAGCAGCGAGGGAGACUGAAGGAUUCUUUAUCAAAAGCUGCAUAGUGACUGUGAUAAAAGAUGCAUUAGUCCCCAGUGGAACUGUCAUAUAGAUCUCACCUCACCUAUUAAUUCUAUCAAUCUUAAGCAACUGAGUAUUCUUGUUUACUUCUGUGGCGUAUUUUUCAACUCCUGUCCAACUCCUGUCCCCAUUGUUCAUCUGCUUAAUGUCUACAGUUAGUCCAAGAAGAAUGAGAAUUGGGUCACACAAAA